ACCCGACCCGUAAAACUGAAACCAUUCACUGUAACGGAGACGGUUUCGCCUUCCAGCUUCCGACAAACACAAAGCCUCGACGAAUUCACUGGAAGAGAGAGAGAGAGAGAAAAAACCGAACAAACAAUACUCCAGAAAUGAACCAGACAAGACGAAAGAGACGAUCCGAUCCACCUCUCUCUAGACCCGACUCCCUCUCCCCUGAGAUGCCCUUCCCCUCCAAAUCACCAUCACUUCUCUCUCCCCGCGUCAGAAACAUCUUCCUACUCCUCACCUUCUGCUCCAUCGUCUUCACCCUCUUCACCUACUGCACCUUCCGCCGCGACCAAAUCUCCUCCAUCGCUCGCUCCUUGCCCCUCUUCUCCACCCAGCGCCGCCACCUACUCUUCUCAAUCGCCGCCUCUCGCGACUCCUGGCUCCGCCGCAGCUCCUACGUCCGUCUCUGGUACUCUCCCAACUCCUCCACGCGCGCCGUCGUCUUCCUCGAUCGCCGCAGACUCGAUCCCGAUCCCGAUCACACCCUCCCUCCCGUGAUCGUCUCCCAAGACGUCUCUAGGUUCCCUUACACCUUCCCCGGCGGUCUCCGGUCGGCGAUCCGCGUCGCGCGCGUCGUCAAAGAGACAAUUGAUCGUGGAGAUGAUAAUAAAGACGUGCGGUGGUUCGUCUUCGGAGAUGACGACACUGUCUUCUUCGUGGACAAUCUCGUGACGGUUUUGUCAAAGUACGAUCACCGGAAGUGGUGGUACGUCGGGAGUAACUCGGAGUUUUAUGAUCAGAACGUGAGGUACUCGUUUGAUAUGGCGUUUGGUGGCGGAGGGUUCGCGAUCAGCGCUUCGCUUGGGAAGGUUCUUGCUAGGGUUUUGGAUUCUUGUUUGAUGAGGUAUGCGCAUUUGUAUGGGAGCGACUCCAGGAUCUUCUCUUGCUUGGCUGAGCUUGGUGUUGCGUUGACUCACGAACCUGGGUUUCAUCAGAUUGAUGUAAGAGGGAACUUAUUUGGACUGCUAUGUGCGCACCCUUUAGCUCCACUGGUAUCACUUCAUCACUUAGACGCAGUUGAUCCCUUCUUUCCGAAAACAAACCGGACUGAAUCCGUGGCUCGUCUCAUCAGUGCUGCAAGUUUUGAUUCCGCUAGGAUAUUGCAGCAGAGCGUGUGCUAUGAUUCUUCGAACAUAGUGACUGUUUCGGUUGUGUGGGGCUACGCGAUUCAAGUCUAUGAAGGCAAUAAACUCCUCCCGGAUCUUCUCACCCUGCAAAAAACAUUCUCUACAUGGAGGAGAGGGUCAGGUGUCCGGAGCAACUAUAUGUUCAGCACAAGAGAGUAUCCCAGGGAUCCAUGUGCGAGACCGCUCGUCUUUUUCUUGGAUAGUGUAGGAUCAGAUGGAAUUGAUGGGACAUGGAGUAGCUAUAAGCUUCAUAAUGUGGGAAACUGCCACAGAGCAGAAGCGCUUAAGCGACUACAACGCAUCCGUGUUCUGUCUCGUAAGCUGAAACUUAAUGUUGAACAGAUGAAUCCGCCUCGCCGUCAGUGCUGUGACAUCUCAUCGCCUUUUAACACUUCAAUGGUCAUUAACAUAAGGCAAUGCAUGCCUGAUGAGCUAAUUGCCAUGAACACUUAGCGUUUUUUUUUUUCUUUCUCUAACCAUUCACUUCAAGAAUCAGCUAAACAGCGCCUGAGUCUAAUAUUCUUCUGAUGUAAAUCAAUGGCAGAAUCCUGAGCUUGUAGGGGUGGGUUAGUUUUAUUCUUCCUGACUAAGUUCAGAAGUAAAUGUCUUAUAGAAGAGACCCGAGAUUCGAAGGAUUGUGUAUUUUCGACCAAGUUUGUUUCUUUGUCUUACUUCCUUUUGCUCAAGGAAAAGAAUGAAGCUCAGAUCCUUCCUCUCUGUAUAUAAAGUUGUGCAGGCAUUGAUUUUUCUCAUACUCCAUCAUCCUAAGUUUUGAGUUUGUUUUUUUGUCAUGUGGUGUUGACUGGUGAGAGUCACUUUGCUCUUUGAAUGUUACUCACUCAACCGUUGUUUUUUUUGGACACAAAUGUAACAUAUCUACAAAACUUAAUUAAUUUAUUUGCUAAAUACCAAAACAUUAUUCUUCA